AUGUCGGCGGACGAAUCCUCUUCCUACGCACCAAAGUCGCCGGAUCUCUCAGCGCUCUUCUCGGCAGCCGCCCCCACCAACCAGCCCCCCGCCCCGCCGCCGUUCUCACUCAGUGCAUACGGGCAUCAGCAUCAGCCUCGAAGCUUUGAGCCGACGCCAUUGUAUGCGCAGCCGCACUACCCAGAGCAGCCAACCCGCCCUCCCGUGACAGCCGAGCUUCACCACCUCCCACACGCCACCGCUGUACCCGUGGGCGCCCCUCCGCAGCAGCAGGCACUGCACCUCCAGACACAGAUGCCUCCACGAAGGGCAGCAGCGGCCGCGGCCGUCAUCGAAGAGCCCGUCAUCGAGCCGUCUCCCGUGCGGACAAAGUUCCCCACGGCUAGGAUAAAGCGGAUCAUGCAGGCCGACGAGGAGGUGGGCAAGGUCGCCCAGCAGACCCCCAUCGCCGUCGGCAAGGCCCUCGAGCUCUUCAUGGUCCAGCUCGUCAGCACGAGCGCCGACAUCGCCAAGGACAAGGGCUCUAAGCGCGUCACCGCGUCCAUGCUCAAGCAGGUCGUGGAGAGGGAUGACCAGUGGGACUUCCUCCGCGAGAUCGUCGGCAAGGUAGAGAAUGAGAAGGAGGGCAAACCCAAGCAGACCAAGGGCGAGAGCGAGAGCGACGAGGACGCGUACGAGCCCAAGAAGAAAGGUCGGGGCGGUCGCAAGAAGAAGGGGUCGGUUUAA